AUGUCUGGAUUCGAUCUUAUGACAAAAACCGUCUUCAAGUACACCAUCUGUAUCAAACGUGAUGUCAUAUACUUACCAGGGUAUCAUCAAUCCAACUGUUCCUCCGAGAAGCACAUUCCACCCCAUCUAUCUAUGACAAUUGAUAUGCUCGGUGAAGCUGACGAGGCCUUUGUAAAUCAUGCCCAUUCUCUCAUGUUGACAUUGAAUGUGUAUUGGUUUAAGCUGUUUGAAGGCCGGACCUAUACAGGCGGUGCUUUGUAUUUACUUAUCAACAAUUUCCCCAAGGAAGACCAAAUGAGACCAGAAAAUAUUAUCCUCGUUGAUGUCAUGCCUCGUCCAAAGGAAACUACCAAGUUCCCUAAUGGUACUACUGUCUACACUGCUAUCAUGUGUGUUGCUUCGAACAUACUUGCUGCUAGCAAUGCUGUCGGAUUCAGGGGACAUCCAAUCACAAAUGACUGUCAUAAAUUUAAACGAUACUUCUCUGCGAUUAUUGGAUCGAAAUCAGAUGUAGAAAGAGGAGAUUUGGAGAAGCAGAGCGGCAUGCAGUUUUCAGAGUUGCAUCGCUUACACGAUUCGUUUGAAAUGGUUUUGUAUUUUUCCGCUGCCGUUAUUGCUCGUGUUCAAUGUUUUGUUGAUGGUAUUAUUGUUCCUCAUGAAUGUGCCGUCUUGUUCGAAAAAGUCCCAUCUGGGUCCUCAUAUAUGAAAGCAGGCGAGUGGCGAUCGUGGUGUCUUGUGCACUUGCUGGUGGUGUUGAAGGAGUCUAUGUCCAAAAGCGAUUGCAAUAACUGGACCACCCUUGUCAAGACAUAUCGAAAGUUGAGAGAUACAUAUGCCACAUACUCAAAUAUAGGCGACGCACGCCAACUCCUUGGAAUCGCAUCAAAUAUGCAUUUGCAUUUGCACUUGCGUGAGUCGAUGCUUGACUUUAGUCCGGUCUAUGCAUUUUGGAUGUAUAGCCUUGAGAGGUACAAUGAUAAGUUAAAAAAAAACUUUAAGACAAACUGCCGUAAUGGUCUUGAGUGUAUUGAUAAUGGCCAAUCUCCUUCAUUGCCAUUCAACCUCCCGAUGUUUCAGCAAGUCGUCAACAGUCAAUGGUACAAUUUAAUCGGAAGUAAGGCGUUACCACCAACUACCUUGCCAUUGAAGUCACAACCUUUGAAUACGAUGAGUAUCCAACUUGGUGAGUGUGCUGGUAAACAUUCGCAUUCAGAAGAUGAAGAAUAUCUCGUUGCUUGA